AAUUUAAGCAGAAAGAAGAAACCACAAUUCGGAGCAGGAACAAGAUUCAGAUCAGCAUACAGGAAGAUCCCUGGAACCUCCCACUUCGCAUUAAAAAUCUUGUUGAUACCAUUCAGAAAUAUGUGGAAGAUGGAAAGAAUCAGCUCCUGUUGGCUUUGUUGAAAUGCACAGAUACAGAACUGCAAGUGAGACGAGAUGUAAUUUUCUGCCAGGCCCUGGUGGCAGCCGUCUGCACGUUUUCGGAGCAGCUAUUGGGAGCACUCAACUAUCGAUACAAUAACAAUGGAGAGUAUGAAGAAAGCAGUCGGGAAGCCAGUAAAAAGUGGCUGGAGCAGAUAGCAGCCACAGGAGUGUUGCUCAACUACCAGUCCUUGCUGUCUCCCAGUGUGAAAGAAGAGCGAACCAUGCUGGAAGAUAUCCAGGCCACCCUUUCCGAGCUGGACAAGGUUGCCUUUUAUUUCAAGCAGCUGGAUGAAUGUUUUGUAGCAAAUACUCAUGUAUUUUAUCACGUGGAGGGAAAUCGGCAAGUUUUGAAAGUGACCUUAUUCCUGGAUAGUUACUACUUUUCUAAGCUACCUACCCGAUUUCAGAAUGGAGGAAGUCUGAAACUGCAUGCAGUGCUCUUUACAAAAG